AAUUGAACUGGUGCCGUUUAUGCUAUGGAAAUUCUCCAUUAAACUCGACCAGUGGACAUAACCAAGCUGAUUUCUUGGCAAUUACAAUUCUUUAAAUAGAAAUAACUAACAUUAUUUUUCUCUCUUAUGCUUACUGUCAUUUUAGCGACCCUUCGGUAAACGAAGUCACAUUUUGUCUACUUAUUUCCUACAUAUACAAAAUCAAUAGAUAUGCCCUUUCACCUUUGUAUCUUUUUUUUUUUUUCAUUAUAUGAUCAAUGCUGUUGUUCAAACGUUUAUCAAUCAGAAGGUUAUCUCUAUACCUAUUGUUACUCGUGGUGGUUGCAUAUGGAGCUUUUCAGGCUGUUAUAUCAAACCGAGCUCCAGAAAAUAUUUUAAAAGAUAUCAUAAAAGAUCAAUGUGGACAGUCUGAUAUUGAAUGUGUAUGUGAUAAAUAUUUGAGGCAUUUGCUUGAAUAUGAACCCAAUGGAAAUGAAACAACCCAUAAAUGUGCUUCUAAGAAAGAAAUAACAAAGCUUGUACAAAGCCUAAGGAUAUUUGGAAAUUGUAUUCUUGAAAGGAAUUUGCUUGUUGAUUCAGACUAUAUUACAAAGGUGGAGCAUAAACUUCUACCUAUGUUCACACAAAAACCGGCAACCUUUGUACGAUGGAAUGGAGACGUUAUCAAAAAGUCCAACCUAGCAUCUGGUGAUAAGGUAAAUACAUUUCUGUAUUGGUCCAACGAAUCACGAACUAUGAGCAGCAGUGGGAUUGUGAUUAGUGUAAGCGAAGGUCAAGUUGAAGACAUGAUGCGACUAAUAAGGGUUUUAAGAUAUUUGGAAAACCAGCUACCUAUUCAAAUAGUCCAUAGACGAGAUAUCACUAAAGUAUCUCAAGAUCGAAUCAUUCUGGAAGCAAGAGACAAUCUAAGUUUAGUUGAUAAAAAUAAUAAUAUUUCUAUCAAGAUUAAUAAUUUCCAACAAGAUGUUUGGUUUGUAGAUGCUUUUGAAUGUAUUGAACCAAUGUAUCAAAAUGAAUUUAAGAGGUAUUCCAAUAAAUGGAUAGCGGUAUUGUUUAACUCAUUCAAAGAAAUGAUCUUACUUGACGCUGAUUCCGUACCAUUUAUAAAUCUUCAAGAAUUUCUCAAGAUGGAAAAGUAUACAAAGACAGGAGCUUUGUUUUUCAAGGAUAGAGCUUUGACCGAGACGUUAUGGUCGUCUCAAAUAUCAUUCUAUAAGAAUUUAAUUCCCACUGAUAUUGAAAAGAAUAAUGGUGGACUCAAUUUAUCCAUCAUUGGAAUUGAAAAGAUCAAGAAUAAUACAUUUUUUGACUUAAACAGAAGACAUAUGAUGGAAAGCGGAUUAGUUGUGAUGAAUCGAGCUCAACAUUUACCAGGACUUCUAAUGGCAACUCGGUUACAAUUAUGGAAUACAAUGGGGGAACCGGUACAUGGUGAUAAGGAGUUAUUUUGGUUGGGACAAUUAAUUUCUGGGAAUGAUAAUUAUGAAUUUAUUGAUAAGUAUGCUGGAAGCAUUGGAGAAAUUAAGCCCAAUGCAUCAUUUCAAAAAAGAACUAUAUGCUCUGUUCAAGUUGGACAUUUUGAUGAAAAUAAUGAAUUGUUGUGGAUCAAUGGUGGGUUAAAAGUAUGUAAGAAGAAUUCAGCUAGUUAUGAUUAUGACAAAGUAAAAGAGCUAAGGAAAAAUUUCGAUUCUGUUGAUUCCUUGCAAAAAUACUAUUCUAAGCCAAUGAAUAUUGAUGGAGCUAUAAUUCUUUCUCAUAAGAAAGAAUCAUUACUUGGUAAAUUCAAACAAGACAGUCGUUGGCUGAAUAAUAAAAAUAUGGGGUGUGAUAAUUACUUUUGGUGUGCCAGUCUAAAUGGGAUAAAUGACAUUGGAGACGAAUUAAUAGUGUUUAAUAAAACUUAUACUGAGUAUAUACGCAAUAUUACCUCUAUAUGGGUAAACUGAUUUAUAGAGAAAAUACAAAUGAAAGUAGAACUGAAGAAGAUAAUACUACUUAGCGUAUUUAAAUAGCAU